AUGGCACAGUUUGACCCUCUUCCUGUGCACCUUUAUCGGAAACGUCAACCCACAAUUGCUCCAAAGCUUGACAAAGUCGACGAUUCCGAAUCUCUCUUACUACAAUCAAUCAAAAGUGCUCUUCGUGGAACUGGAGUUUCUUCGCUUUCCACCGUACACUCUUCGCGUGUCCUGAUAGGAGGAAACGACGGACCAGAGCAGGAGCUUACCUGGAAUGAUAAUCAUGUUGUAUUGAGCGCUGGAGGGGUUGUCAAGAAGAAAUGGAGCUUUGAACUCGAAGGCCAACCGGUUCAGUGGGCUUGCAUAGGGUGGUUGGAAGAGAGUGGCUCGUUUCCGCGAAAACAUUUCUCUGAACGGCAGGACUCUGCCUCAAGAUCACCCUUUGAAAGACCAACAUUCGGACCCUUCUUCUAUGCCAACCAAAAAUCAGGUCCACCACCAGGCAAACGCGACUCGAACGUUUCUGCAGUUUUUGUCUUCCUACGGAGUAUUGGGAAGGUUUAUUUCGACUCGGGAUUCGAACACACUUUUGCUCUUCCCUUUAUCGUUCGAAAAGCUUGGCCAGUCACCCCUCACGGAUUGCUCAUUCAACGCGUCUUGGAACCAGCGGAGCUUUACGAGGCGGAACUGGCCGGUGAAGACGUCCUUCCUACCAUCUUCUGUCUCUCAAACCCAUUCGCUGAGCCCUCGGCGGUUGGUUUGACCAGCGGAAUUAUUGGAAACGCCGGAUCCGCUACGCUGAUGGAUGAAGCUGAGAAUUCGACGAAACCACUGAAACCAGUUCCGCCUCAUGAGGUCAUACUCUGGACCUCUUAUAGUGGGCCCAAUUCACCUCACGAAAUUGUCAUUACCCUUGAUAGUAGCAAGCGACGUUUGACGGUGUGGCGUUAUGUGUAUAUCAAGCCUAAGGAUUCGCCUAUACCAUUGGGACGGACGCGUACCCAGAAUCUAGCGCAUAAGAAGCGCCAGAGUAUGUCUUCAAAUAGUCGUCGUACAUCUUCUGUAUUCCCCGACAUGUUUGACAAAUUACAUCCUACGUCUCCUCGACCACCUUCACCGAAACCACCAUUUCCCGAGCUGGCUGACCUACUGCCACUCUCCAAACUCCCCGGUAUGGCUCCUUCUCUUUCCACAACUACGACCAUGGCUUCCUUGGCCUCGGGAUCCUCCAAUCUCAACCACCUGAAUUCCCAGCCACAGCCGGAACCGGCUACGAAAGUAAGACGGAACUCGUUGACUCGUAAUGAUUUGAGUGUGACGAUGAACCGUAUGGUUUUGGGCUCUAGAGGAGCCGAUGUGGAUGUCUUAACGCCAGAAGAGCACGGGAGGAUGAAAACCUGCUUAUGGAUGGACAAACUUCACGAGAUCGAGUUAGACCAAACAGAUGUUGAUACGUCCUCUGCUAUAACAGCAUCGCUGUUCGACCAUCGAAAAAUUGACAGACUAAGGCGAUCUUUGUUGUCUAUCUGUCUCCCUUCCCGACAAAGCCUUACAAUCUUUCAAUUAGCACCGAAUGCAGAACACCGAAUAGAAAUUACUGCUCUGAGAGAGAUUCCCGCCAUCUCGACUGCAAUCAUCUGUGGUACACGAUGGUCCAUUUGGGAUCUUUUGGUUGUGAAACCCGGCGGCGGGCUAUCCCUUUUAACACAUGGGACGUACGAGGUGGCUCUAACGCCAACUUUACACGAUUCAGAACUUCCCAGUGAUGAUAGUAUGGAUGUCGAGGGUUCUUUGCACCCCGGGCGCUCAGAUAAUCCUCGCAUUAUAUCCGUGAUUGGGGAAUUAUCUUCGCCGUUGCUCGUCACAUUUCAAAUGUCAAAUGAAUCCAUCACCUGCACUGCUUUUCACUUCUAUCCUAGUGAUGAUCUUACCUUGCAGGCUCUACAAACUCUUGCCCUGUGUCUUCCUUCCGACGUCUGUUUCCUUUUACAUCGCCGCUUUCUCCAGAACUGGGCAUCACGAUCUUUUACCGCUACUUCCGAAGUACAGUUUGAUUGUUUCACAGAUGCAUUGUAUUCGACGUUUGGCCUUCAAAGUGGCGCCAUUGUAUCUUCCACUAUUCCAUUAUCGACUAGUAGUGCAUGGAAUGCUUUAUACCACUCUGGUUCACAUAAGCGUUUCCGUGAAGAUCCUGCGAUCAAGAAUCUGAAACCACCUAUAAGCCCUGCACUGCAUGCAGCCCCGUUUUCUGUUCAUCUACACACUAUGGAAAAGGGCACGGAUUCGUAUAAUCAACUUGUUGUUGUGUUAUAUACGUUGCACACCCUUGCGGAAGGAAUGCGUCUCCUGGUUGAUCGUUACCCAUUGUUGAUGCGGCUAGCGCCAGUGAUAUGUAGGAUAGCUAUGUAUAUCCGACCCGAGUGGGCAGAUUAUUGGAGGAGAAUGUGUCCUGAUGCAAUGUUUUCUCUUCCUUGGCCAUCUUCAGCCACAGCCGCUGUUCAAAGCCUCGACGACACUAUCCCCGUUUGGCCUCCCGAUAUUUCCGCCAUUCUCUACGGUCGCAUCAGCAACCCAGAGUGGAAAGUCCCUUGGUUCGAUGCCCUUGAACUCGCCACGCGGUUCCGCAUUCAGCCGUCUUAUGCAUAUGGCACGAUAGAUCCACUCGAGUCAAUGAAAAUCCUCACCUGGACAUACAUGACGCUCGCGGACCCAGACGUCAAGCGCAAUCUGAAACGCGCAGAGAAUGCUGUCUUACAAAUGGUCAGAAGUGGAAUGAACGAGGAAUUCAUUGCACGACUUCCAUUAGGGAUUGCAGCUCCGUUGAGAGAGGCGAUACGGACAUGUCAGUUGGCCCCACCAUUGGAUUGGCCACAGGAAGCGUACAAGGCGAUAUCAAGAGAUGAUGUGGCAGCGUCUGCAAACCCUAGUCCGGAUAUGAUGCUAACGAAUGGAUAUAGAUCGGCAAAGGAGUACCUCACAUCAUCACGUCCCCGCAAGACCAUUGGACAAAUCACAUCCCAGGCGAAGGCUGCAAGUUUGGGCGAAUCCGAGGCUACCAGUGGUGUUGAAUUGGAGCUGGAUGAAUUCACUAACAUUCGGUUUGGACAGGAUCGACGUUUGGAAGAAAUAGCUCGACUAUUAUCUUCAUCUACUGUUUCCUCUGCGCGAUCUUUGGAACGCCCUGAUGCAAGUGAGCAUGACCAAGCUAAGGACCAUCAAAUGCAAGUGUGUCGCAUUGCAGAACGUACACUAGCGCUACCCUAUGGCCGAGCCAUAUUCACUUUUGGAUCCAUUUCCUCUAUCUCCCGCGAGGCAUUUACUAUUCCUAAAUUCGAAUUUGCCGUCAAGCUUCACCCUACGAAUGGCAUCGUGUCUCCUGAUCCCGGGAAACUCAUGCCUGACUCGGUACAUUGGGGCGAAUUCCAUAAUGGUGUCGCUGCGGCGCUCAGGAUAUCUUCUUCAGCGACGAGCGUGGACAGUUCGUGGAUUGCGUUCAAUAAGCCUUCGGAGUUGACACCGGAGCAUGCAGGAUUCCUGUAUGGACUCGGGCUUACAGGUCAUUUGAAAGAAAUGCUAACAUGGCACACGUUUGGCUAUCUUACUCCCAAGCAUGACCUUACAUCGAUUGGUGUUCUACUAGGGUUGUCAGCGGCCAAUGUGGGAAAUGGGAAUCAGCAUGUUACCAAACUGCUCGCGGUUCAUACUCCGGCACUACUGCCUACGCCUACCGUGGAUUUGAAUGUCCCGCUACAUACGCAAGCAGCUGGAAUGUCCGGCGUCGGGUUGCUGUAUAUGGGUACGAAGAACAGGCGAAUGGCAGAGGUCUGCCUAAACCAGAUGAACCGCAAAGAUCUAGUGCAACCGGAUCUGAGUAACGAAUAUCGGGAGGCAUAUACUUAUUCCGCUGCGCUUGCUUUCGGUAUGGUUAUGCUUGGGAAAGGAACCGCUAUUCCCGCAGACGUUGCUCUCCUUGAACGGUUGAACCUCCUUAUACAUGGCGAUGGAAAAUUUGGGAGCCCUCACGCAUCUUUUGACAUCAAUCUCACCUCGCCAGCUGCAAGUAUUGCUUUAGGAUUGAUGUACCUCCGAACAGAACGUCAGGACGUUGCAGAUAUGCUCAGCAUCCCCGAUACUAUUCUAGGACUGAACCGUGUUCAACCAAGCUUCCUUCUUAUUCGAACAUUAGCUCGAUCGUUGAUCAUGUGGAGCGAUAUCACACCGACGAAUGAUUGGGUUGCAGGUCAGAUUCCAGAGGCGAUUCGGAAGGGUAUUGAGAACAAGCACAAGUUACCACCAGGGUCAACGGUCGCCGACGCUUGGGAGUUGGCAUAUUAUAAUAUCAUUGCUGGAUGCUGCUUUGCUAUCGGCUUGAAGUUUGCUGGGACUGCUCGCCAGGAAGCGUACAAGAUGAUCAUCCGAUAUCACGAUCUUUACACUAGAACAGUUUAUUCGAACACACCUUCUUUCGACUGGCGGAUCAAACGUUCCGCUGCUCGUGAUGGAUUAAACUUGAUUACCGUCUCGUUGAGCAUGGUUAUGGCAGGAACCGGAGAAAUAACCUGCUUGAGAAGGCUCCGAUACGCGUAUGGGAUGUAUGCAACUACAAUGUAUCAUCCCGCGUUCAAGUACGGAAUCCACGUUUCGACACAUCAGGCACUCGGAUUGUUAUUCCUCGGAGGUGGGCGAUUCACUCUCGGAACAUCAGAUGCUGCUAUUGCAUGCAUGGUCACGGCGUUCUUCCCUCGUACACAUCUCAUAUCUGCAGACAACAAGUGUUAUCUUCAGGCUCUUCGGCAUCUCUGGGUGCUUGCUGUGGAACCGAGAUGUCUUGUAGCGCGGGACGUAGAAACUAAGGAGGUGGUGUAUCUCCCUGUAAAGAUCACGAUGAAGGAGGGUAAAGCCAUUGGGACUACGCAAUUGAUAGCCCCGACGCUCAUUCCUGACCUGAACAAACUCAUCUCUAUUCGAGUGGAUACCCCUCGAUAUUGGCCUUUCUACCUCGACACCGAAAAAAUUCCCCGACAUAGUGAUUCUCUCAUGCGGAGUCAAACAUUGUAUGUCAAACGAAGAACGGCUUUCCUCAGCUAUACCGAAGAUCCUCGAGGUAGUCGUAGCUUGUUUGUCCGUUCCAGGUCGUCAGCAGGAGAGGCAGCUACACUGGACUACCCGCAACUGACCGAUGCCAAAACUCACCCAGCAGGUGAUCUGUGGGAAUUCAUUACCUCCUUCUCUAAUGACCCUCUCUUCCUGUCCUUUGCAGAAUACUUCUGUCGCAGUGAUGGAAGAACUGAUCAGGAGCAACUCCUGCAUACCUACUGUCAUGCAGUCUUGUUUGAUUCCAUCCUUCAAGGCAAACCGCAAACAAUACAAUCGCAUCUGACGCUAUUCCGCUACCGUACUAUGUCUCCAAAAUCUCGGUACUUCCAUUUGCAUUUACAGGAUCUGCGAUUCUUAGCCGACUUCUACGGUAGGGUGUACGAGAGGCGAUUCAGUGGUCGGGCUGAGAAUAAUUAUCGCACUCCCCUUAUUCGUGAUAGUACGGUUUGGGGAACUAUGCAUGACUUGGACAAGCAACUCGAGACUGUCCGUACAUCACCCGAAUUCAUGCAGGUCCUUGGACGGUACUCAACAGGUCGGCCUGGACUUUUGGACGAGAAUUCUGCUAGCAAUCUAGCAUGGUACCUGCUCCGGAAUGCCGUUCCUGUAUCAACGCUGCUCAUCAUAUUAAAAGAGCUCGCGGCGGAAGCACAUGCUCAAUGUCUCAAUGUCACGCCGCCUGCGGGUACCAGUGAUGAAAAGGUUUUGGAGCUGAGCAUUAAGGAGGUCUUGCAUUCCACAGGAUCGAGGAUGACCACAGCAUUGGGUGCCGGAUGGUCAAUCAGAUCAUUGGAUGAAAUCAUUGAAGCUUGGAAGAUUGUAGCAUAG